CGGAAGUGCAAAGCGCCACCGCUCCUGGAUGGUGGAAGAGAAGUAGCUUUUCCAAUGUUUCCCAGUGUCUCCCAGUCAUACGGCCGAAUUGAUCCGCUGGUUCAGAGACUCGAGGAACUCAGUCGGUAGCUGGUUAACACGCGUGCGAUGCGCGUAACUCCACAACUCUAGCCAAGUACAAGAGGAAGGAUAUUUUUCGUCAUGAUCCAAACUUGGAUCUUUUUCAUCUAUUUACUUCCGAUAACUCAAGCUUUUUUGCCACUCGUGAUGAACACUUGGCACUUUGAGAAUGCGACUGUUGCAGCAUGGGACCGUCUGGUAAGGGCACGGGGGAGCGCCGUGGACGCGGCUGAGGCGGGAUGCGCGCAGUGUGAGCUGGAGCAAUGCGACGGCAGCGUGGGAUACGGCGGCAGUCCCGACGAACUGGGGGAGACCACUUUGGACGCUAUGAUUAUGAACGGUGACACAAUGGACCUGGGGGCUGUGGGAAAUCUGCACCGAGUGAAGAACGCAGUGGGCGUGGCUCGAGCCGUCAUGGAGCACACAGACCACACCUUGCUGGUGGGCGAGGCAGCUUCUGCAUUUGCUCAAGACAUGGGCUUCAAAGCUGAAGAUCUGACCACCAACAGGUCACUGAACAUUUUCUUCCAGUGGCUGAAGACGAACUGCCAGCCCAACUUCAGAAAGAAUGUUUUACCAGACCCUUCCAAGUCAUGCGGGCCAUAUAAGCCUGAACCUAAGCAGAAGUGGAGAUCCCAGAAACCACGCACACAAACAGAUCUCCACUCCCACGACACCAUCGGAAUGAUUGUGAUUGGACAGAACGGUCAGGUGGUCGCUGCAACCUCGACCAAUGGAGCGACCCAUAAAGUACCUGGACGAGUAGGGGACUCCCCAGUGGCCGGAGCGGGUGCCUAUGCAGACAGCACAGCAGGGGGCGCAGCAGCUACAGGCCAAGGAGACAUUAUGAUGCGUUUCCUUCCCAGCUAUUUGGCUGUGGAGCUGAUGAGGUCAGGCAUAGAUCCCACCACUGCCUGCAAGACCGCCAUCUCCAGGAUCAAAAAGUACCACGGAGAUUUCUUCGGGGCUAUUAUCUGUGCCAGCAAAACGGGGGAAUAUGGUGCGGCUUGCAGUAAACACCCCGGGUUUGGCGAGUUCCCCUUUAUGGUAUUCAACUCAAGGACAAACAGACCAGUCAUGGAGAAGGUGGACUGUUUUUAGUUGCAGCCAGUACAGGUGACUUUAUUUGAACCUCAGGCAGCCUUGUACUGUACCAACCUGCACAACCAGAGAAACCUAACAAAUGUUGUAUUUGACUGUGAAGAAGAACUGUGGUAAAAAAAAUGUACAGGAAUAAUUUUAAUGAAAAAUCAUAGUUUAUUUGAA